AAUCUGCCUCGCAAGCCACAAUAUGCGAGUGCAGGGAAGCUGACCACCUGUGGCCAUCUCCCAUCUCCAACUUCACUUCUCUUCAAACUUCACUCCAGGUAACUCUCUUCCUCUCUCAGACUCUUGCUCCUUCUUCUGCAUUGCAUGCACGAUAUCGCAACAACCAGAAGUCGUUCCAUAGUUUGAUUAGAUGCUUCUGUCUGGUGCCGGGCAUACAGCCUUGAGCGAGGGCGUGGCCUCGUCCCCAAUUGUCCAAAUCAAGAUGUCAUUCGCCUUCAAAAUCAGCGACCUUGGCCUCGUAACAAAACUCGCAUAUAGCACGGUGCAGAAUGCGAGGAGGGCGUGUGGUGCACAUUCAGCGCUUGCGCGGGAGGUCAAUAGUUUGCAUGUUGUCUUGACGAGGCUAGUGGCGGAAGUUGUGAAGCCUGAGAGUAUUCUCAAUGGUGGUGCGUCCAGCAGCGAAAAUGGGGACGGGAGGGAUGAGAAGAGCAAAGAAUUGGCGGACUUGGUGAGGAAUUGUGAGCGUGUGUUGAGAGUGUUGAAGGAGAUCUUGGAAAAGUACAAUGCACUAUCAGACGAGAAGCGAAGUGUGCAGAAACUCUGGCAGAAGGUCAAAUUCGGGAGUGGCGAGAUGCAAGACCUGGAUAAGAUCCGAUCCGAACUUGCGACAUAUACACAGGCUAUCACAUUAUUCUUGAAUCUCGCAGGCCUUGGAAGCCAAGGAAAGGUCGAACGAUAUAUGGAAAGCCAAGGGGAUGAACUAAGAGAUAUCAAGGCCAGCUUGAAUUUGUUGACGGCCAAACUUCAAGUGAAGGAGGGGUCAACUCAUGGGGAGAGGAGUAUACUAUCAAGUUAUGAUGGUGAUGACAAAGAAGUUUGGAAGAUGUUUAGGAGGGAGUUGAUACUGGAUGGAUUUUCGAGCAAAGUGCUCAGCAGGCACAAGGAGACCAUCAGGAGUUACGUGAUGGAGCUCGGAGCGAGGGGAGUAUUGGAUGAUACUGUACCUGAAUUGGAAGAAGGUGGUAGUGAGAUUGCAACCGAAAACGGAGCUGAUGGAGACGUCCUCCCACGAGCCUAUGAGCUGGUUGAAAGAUAUCUGUCAGGCAAAGCCGCUCUAGAGCAAGGAAUUAGAGAAAAGGGUUCCAGCAUCUCUACCGUGGAGCUUCCGGAGGCCCCCGUACCAGACCAAUCAACAUUAUACACGACAUCACUUAAGGAUCAUCAUAGCACCACUAUAGAUUUCCCAGACGAAGAAGACUCGGGAUCCGAAAAUAAUGGAACGAAAGAUCCUCAUUCAGCAAGCGAAAGCGAAACAAAAUCUAAAGUCGAUGAAGAAGCAUUCUCACAGUCUAUGCCAGGCGUGUCCCAGUAGCUACUUGCAUCAGAAACGAACUCCCGCAACGUCCCGGCUAUUGGCUCGGAGGGAGAAGACAAUUCUGAAUUGGACUCCAGUUCUGAUAGUAGCGAAGAGCGCAUCAGAGCUGCUGGUCAAGGCGAAAACAAAGAU